GUGCAUGCUGGGUGAUAUUGAGGCAGGGUAGCAGCAGCAGCAGCAGCAGCCGCCGGCUGACUCAACCUUCAGUUUCUGCUUCACUUUCAGCCGUCCUGCGCUGUUCACCUGGCUUCAUCUGACAACAAAUGGACAGCGCUGUCUUUACCUGAGCCAUGGGAAUCAGUGGACAACAGCGCACGGUGUAGCCAGGAGGAUUCGUUGCUUUCCAGAGAAUCAUGGAGCCAGAUGUGAUCCGCAUGUACUCCUCCUCUCCGCCGCCGAUGGAGGACGGUGCAGAGGAAGAGGACAACGAGUUUGGAGACUUUGACACCUUCUCCAGCGUCCCAAACAGCAUCAGCUUCACAGAAUUCGACACUCCGACCACUUUCAACCAGAGCCAAGCUCUGACCGCCACCUCCCCGCCUGAGCUCAUCAACAGCAGAGGUGUGAGGGGCUUCAGCCACAGCUCCUCUAACGGCACCCACAGUCCCAAUAACGAGCUGUCCAAGGCUAAUGGCGUCGUGCCAGCAAGCCACCUGGGCAGCAGUCCCUCAGAAAGAACUGAGAUGAAAAAAGUCCUCUCUGGCUCUCUGGAUUUCUCGGUGAGAGACACAGCUGGUGGCGAGCCCGCUGAUUGCAACGGCGGCAGCACAGAGGUGUUAACAAACGGGUUUGCAACCUUCGAAUUUCAGGGAAGCCCUUCCUCACAGAAUUCUGUCCAUUCUCAUAUAAAAGGAACGUCCACUGAGGACACGGGCAGCUUCCCUGUCGACAGCCCAGAGGACGAUUUUGCAGACUUUGCUGCUUUUUCCAAUGCUGAAGGACACCUCAGCCAGACGGCAAGCGAGGACUUGGACAACCCCAGCUGGCUGGCGGAGGCUGCCUCCCACGACGAGCACUAUAAUAUAGAGCAGGGAACGAUUACAGAGGACAAUGUCAGGGACACAAACAGAACUGGACCCAGCACAUCCGGCUGUGAUUCCGUGUGUGUUCCUGCUGUGGCCCCGGACGACUCGUGCAACACGGACCGGGGCUCUCGCACAGACGCUGACUCUCAACAAAGGGACGUAGCCUUUGCACAGGAGCACUUUGCCUCAGAGGCAGUUUGCACUAACAAACCCGUCUCUCUGAACGGGGUGGAUGUAGCCGUCAGGGACGAUUCCAAAGACGCCACGGGCUGCAGUGAAAACGACCUCUCACCCGACGCAGCUGCAGACGGUGAGGCGGGACAGUCAGACGGGAAGGGCUCCGGAAACGAGACGGAGACAGAGACGGAGACGGAGACUGAGACAUCGCUGGGCCGGCCGCUGUCAACAGACGCUCUCGAGGACUACGGUGACAUGAGCACCACGGGCUCGGUGCCCUCUCCACCUCUCCAAGGGGAGACCGCCACACCCGCAGAAUACAGCCAGCUGGCAGAGGACGAGGAGGACGAGGACUUCGGGGACUUUGGAGACGCCGGCUCUUUCAGCGGUCACGGUUUUGCCGAUUUUGACCAGCUGGAUGUCCAGCAGGAGCAGAGCAGGUCGCACAGCUCAGCCCCUGCACAGGAAGCUACAAACUCCAUGGACGAUGACUUUGGCGACUUCAACUCCCCUAAAUUUCACACAAGUAAAAACGAGGGGGAGGAUGGAGGCAGGUUUGCAGAUUUUCCUGUCAGUGACAGUUUUGGGAACUUCAGCUCAGCCACUGAAGGCGCAGACGGUGAGGCGAAUGCAGGGUGGAGCGCCUUCGGGGAGCUAGAGCAGCAGCAGCAGGUGGAGGGGGAGUCCUGGGCGGAGUUCAGCAUGGAGCAGAGCGUCGCUCCUCCUGCAGAGAGUAGAGAAGAAGAGCAGCAGCAGCAGGAGGAGGAGGAGUGGCAUGAAAGUGAAGCUCCUGCAGUCAGUGAGGAAACCAGCAGGACAGACAACCAGUCGGCGUCGCUGUCGAGCCGCCUGGAGAAGCUGUUUCAGAGCAGCUUCCCUCAGACCGCCGUCCCCCCGGUGGAGGAUGUGGUGGUGUCCCUGAAGAUCAUGCUGGAACCUCCAGAGGACAAACCACAGCCGGGAGCCGAGGAGCCAGAGGGGACGCCAUGCAACAGGUCUGUGCGUGGCGGUGUGUGGGCGCAGCUUCAGGACAUCCACGAGGCGUUCGGCCUCAGAUACCAGUGGGGGGGCUCCUACUGCAACAAAGCACUACUCUGCAGCCUGGGCAUCGACACCCGGAAUAUUCUGUUCACAGGACAGAAGAAGCAGCCGGUCAUCGUGCCCAUGUACGCCGCCAGCCUGGGGAUGCUGGAACCAACCAAAGAGCCCGUGAAACCCGUCUCUGCAGCAGAGAUGAUCGCUUCUAUAGCCCAGACGCCUCCAGUGGCUCCAGAGAAGAGCUCCUGUCCCUCGGACACUGUCCAGCAGGAGGUGCUCCCGCCCGUCCAGUUCGACUGGAGCAGCAGUGGCCUUACCAACCCUCUGGACGCGAGCGGAGGCUCGUCUCUGUUAAACCUGGACUUCUUUGGUCCCGUGGAGGAUUCAGGCUCCACCAUCUCGCCCUCCAUCCCAGGUGUCGACCCCGAGCUGUACGAGCUGACGACGGCCAAGCUGGACCCCGGCAGCUCCGGCAGUCGGGUGGCGGACGCCUUCGCCCGCUUGAUGUCCACCAUGGAAAAGACCAGCACCUCCACCAGGAAGCCGAGGAAAGAGGAGAAUCUGAGCGAGGAGGCGGCCAAAGUGAUCGCAGGUCUGCCGGAUCUCUCCUUCAUGCAGGCCAAGGUGCUGAUGUUUCCCGCCACGCUGACGCCGCUCGGCUGCCGGGCCACGCCAGACUGAAGCCGGGCCCCCCCCAACCUCCUCUCCUCCAUCUCUCCCCUGACCCCGCCCACCCCCCACUCAGUCAACUUGGCCCUGCCUGUAAUGAAACGUCUCGGGAGCAGGUCAACUCUUCAUUUUCAGCAGAUCUCACUGACUCACUCG